GGAACGUGAGAAGGUUCUGAGUCUUCGUGUUCGUUGGUGUUGGGAAGUGGUGAUGAGGUGUUAUGAAGAGGCAUAUUACUCGAACUAUGACAAAAGAGGAUAGAUAAUAAGUGAUCCAAUGCGUUGAAAGUACGACGACAUGAUGUUUCUAUUCACGCCUUGCGACCUAUGUGAAAAAUUAUAACUACAGAGAAAAUGGAAACCAGAGAAAAGUUGUCAGAAAAGCUAAAGAAAACGAGGGAAGAUAAACAUUAUAACCGUACGAUGAAUUAAGUGAAUGAUGAAAGGACAGGAGAGGAGCAAGAGUGGGAAGACAGGAAAUGACGGAUGAUAAAAAGAAAAAAAAAGUAGGAAAGAAGAUAAAAAAAAAAAAAUUACUGUGAUUAAAAAAAAAAAUACAAUGACAACCAUGUAGAAUACGAACAGGAAGGCGUUACAUUUAUAACACCAAUAAUACAUAUACAGACACACGCACGUACAAUCCACAACUCAAAACAGACAAAAAAAAUGCAAAUAAAACAGAAUUCUUGAGUGUUCCCUCAGAAACCAACUGGAAAACCAGGAAAUAUGAAGCAGGGGAGAGAAACAGCGCAGAUAAACUUCGUUAUCACUAUUUGUACCCGGUAGUGAGGCGGAGCAGUGGGGAGAACAAUAACGUGGUGCAUUAUCGCGUUCGCCUCAGUGCUGUUCGAGCCGGAGGAAACACGUUACUGUGGGAUUGCCGCCUCUCCACAUCCCUUCAGAAUUAAAGCUGAGAAGGAGAGGAGAAAGAGGAAGAGGUUGAAGAAGCGAGGCAGAUGACUGGUGUUCUCUUACUCUUCCCCUCUUACCGACACUUCUCCCUUUGUUAAAACAUUACACCCUCUCUUCCUUUCUCUUUCACUCUCUCUUUCCAGCGCCUCUUUCAGUUGUCGUCAUGAAGAAAAUGGGAAGCCUCUCCAAGUUAACGGUAAUCUAUCUUUGCCUCCUGGUCUUUGCUGUUGUCCUGUUCGUGUAUGAAGGUCGUUAUGAGUACUUCAUGGGAUGGAGGAACCCCAUCAGGAGGGCCUUUACCUCCGUGUAUCCGUUGCACAGGUUGCUCAAGAUGCAGGGAGUGGCGAGUAAUGAAACGGAGAGAGGCGAGAGGCGGGACAGCACGGCGGCGGUGCGGAGUCAGGGGCGAGAGGAGGCGGAAGACGGACAGCUCUCACUAAACAAGACGCAACGCCCUCUCAAGUACAUCCUGGUGUGGACUUACGACUACGGGGACAAGACGAGGGGGCACGGGGAGGGCCACGGCGCCUUCAGGGAUCAGCAGUGCGAGGUGGACGCCUGCUACCUCACCGGGAAUCGAACCUUGCUGCCACUUGCUGAGUUCGAUGCCAUCACUUUCCACCUCCGCUCCAUGACCCCCACCGAUCUCCCCGCCGUCAGGUCCCCGCAUCAGCGGUGGGUGUUCUGGGAGGUGGAGUCCGCUUCCUACGUGCUCCAGGACUUAAGAGUCUACCGCGGACUGUUCAACUGGACCAUGACCUACAGGCUGGACUCCGACAUCCAGGAGAGAUACGGUGGAGUGUUCCCGGGCCUCUCCCCCUCCCCGCCCUCCUCCUCCUCCCCAUACACGCCGGAGAGGAACUACGCCAAAGGGAAGACCAAGAUGGCGGCGUGGUUCGUCUCAAACUGCGCCGCCAAGUCCGGCAGAGGGAAUGUGGUGAAGAACAUGAAGAAACUUAUGAAGGUAGACGUGUACGGGCAUUGUGGGAAGCUGAAGUGCAAGAAGUGGGCGGCGGAGUGUUACGCCCUGCUGGACAAAGACUACAAGUUCUACCUCUCCUUCGAGAACUCCCUCUGUACUGACUACGUGACGGAGAAGCUCUUCGAGAUCCUCAGCAGACAUGACGUGGUGCCUGUGGUGUUCGGGCUCGCUAACUACUCCGCCAUCGCUCCCCCGCACUCCGUCAUCAACGUCCUGGACUUCCCCAACGUCAAGGCUCUCGUAGAAUAUCUCAAUUAUCUCGACCACAACGACACCGCCUACAACGAGUAUUUUAAAUGGAAGGCGCAAUACCACUCCAGCAACACCUGGCCGAGCUACUGUGAGCUGUGCACGAAGCUUCACGAGGACCACACGCCCAAGGUCUAUUGGGACAUGAAGGACUGGUUUAUGGGGCAGGGCGGCUGUCGGAAGAUUAACAUACCACUCAUGUGAUCUUUGCCCUCAACCCUCACACUGCGAUAUGCAACAAUAUAAUGCACUAAAAAUUUGUGACGUCUUUAGAAGCAUCGACAAGAAAGAAAGAAAGAAAGGGAAGUAAAAAAAUAUUCAAAUACUGUCCCGCUGACCUUCGACCUUUGUCCUUUACAUUGCUAUAUGCGACAAUGUAAAGCACUAAAGGGCUGUGAAAUAUUUAGAAGCAUCGACGGGGAAAAUGUAAGAAAGAAAAAGUGAAUUAAAAGAAAAUUGACAUACACAUUUCUGACCUUCGCCCUUUUCCCUUUCACUCUGAUAUGCAACAAAGUAAACCACUAAAAAAGCAGUGAAAACUUUACAAGCAUCGACAGGAAAGAGAAAAAAGGAAUUAAAAGAACAGACUUGGCAAUUUCUAUUCAGUACAGUGUUUGUGAGUGGCUGCGCAGCAAGGGAAGAUGUCUCAGAGUGGCGAGUCAUAAGGGGAAGAACACGCCACGCAGCAGAGGAAGUGUUGAACCAUAAGAAGCGGUGAACGAAUGGGAGACUCGCGUGUUUUGUUUCGUCCUCUCAUCUUCUCUUUCCUCUCAGAUGUGCUUAUUUACAAUCUCGCUUUAUAACUUAAGCGUUUGUAAGCUCAAGGACUCGCGUUAGUUAAGGGCAAAUGAUGUUAUGAUAAUAAAGAUGUCCAAUACCUAUCAGAUAAACAGUUUCGUUCGUAGACAAAAGUUCGUAUUGGUUUCAAAAAGUAAAUUAUUCAAGGUUUCAAAAGGUUAAAUCAUUCAAAAACUAAAUAAUCCAUCAGAAAUACAUAGUUUCGUCCAAAAAUAGGUGGUAAUAACAGCAGUAAUAAUAGCUACUGGUGGGAAAAUUUUAUGUAAUCCUACUUGUCCGUCUUUAUAAUUUAAUAGUGCAUUAUUAAGAACCUAUUCGUGCAAUGUACAAGAAUAACCAGACGCGUACGACGGUUUAAGUACGCUAUGACUUCAAAAUCACGCCCUCCUGUAUGUGAUAAUAUUAACAGCUGCCUUUUGUAAAUGUAAGAGGCAUUUGUUGUAUCAAGCACUUCUUUCCGUGUCACUAAAUAUCUCGUUUCUGGAAGGAUGAUUUUCUUUAUAUAUUCAAUUUCCGUGCCAGCCAAGAUACCCAGUUGUAUUCCUAACCUACUGCAUUCUGAAACACUUCUGUCUGCACCUCCACUACUUUCAGGAGGCUUUAGUUGCAGUGAUACGUGUUCCAAGGGUGUUUUUACGGUUCUAAUGACAGGGUAAGAAGAUUUUUUUAUGUCAUUAAUAGGAAAAACACUCUUGAGAAUCCGGUUUAUCAUCUCUGCGACGUUGGGAAAUAGUCAAAGUGGGAGAGCAAGGUGUUUUUGAAUACAGAUGUAGUUAUCCGUACCCCUCUUCCAAAUCUCGUCUCUCUCUCGCUUCAUUCUUUUCCCUGUUACUUCACGAGGUGUCAAAGUUAAGUGUUAGGAUAUUAGGUUAGGUUACGAUAGGUUGUCAGGUCAGGUUAGGUUAGAUGAGGAUGUCAAUGUCACGUUAGGCUGUCACGUUAGGUUAGGUUUUGAUCAGGCUGUUAGGUUAGGUUAGGUUAUGUCAGGUUAGAUUGGGCCAUCAGGUUAGACCUUGAUAGAAAUACAUUACAAAGACUAUUUUUUACUUGUGCUGUAACUUUCUACCAAGUCACAAUAUACGAUGAAUAAAUUAUUCGAUAUA